CUUAGCAACCGGACGGGCAUCGGUGUCCCGGGCCGCUGCCGACUCCUCCUUUCCACGCCACCAUUGCAGGGGGGGUAGGGCCCGGCCGGGGGAAGGACCCGAGGGGACCCAGCGUGUCCCCACGAUGGCUGCGAGAGGACUAAACAUGGACGGCAGCCGGAGAGUCAGAACCCCUGUCCUUCCCAAAUAUGGUCCACCAUGUAUAUUUAAAGGACACUUGAGCACCAAAAGUAAUGCUUUUUGCACUGACUCCUCUUCUCUCAGACUAACCACUCUCCAGCUGGUCAAGAAUCACAUGGCUGUUCACUAUAAUAAAAUCCUUUCAGCCAAAGCUGUAGUGGACUGUUCAAUUCCAAUAAGCGUAAAUACCAGCAUCAAAUAUGCAGACCAACAACGAAGAGAGAAACUCAAAAAAGAAUUAGCACGAUGUGAAAAACAGUUGAAAUUAGCUAAAACUGCAAUGCAAUCCCAUCCUAAAAUUAAUUCCAAGUCAUUUUUUAACACCGUUCGGAAGCCCUCAGGGGAACCACAAGACCCGGAUGUGCUAAUAGAAGUCCCUUCUUCAGAAACACUGCGCCUCAGUCUACAUAAAUCAGCUAAAGUCUUCAAGAGUGGUACCGAGAAGAGCUCCAGCUCCUGUCCACCCAGCCUGGAUUAUGCCAUCCCAGCCCCCAGAAAAUCACGCUGUGGGACCAUGAAUAGCAGAAGGCCCAAGAGUUCACUCCCAAAUGCCCACAGAUUUCAGUUAGUCAUUUCAAAAGCACCUAGUGGGGAUCUGUUGGAAAAACAUUCUGACCUCUUUUCCAACAAAGAGUUGCCAUUCACUCCACGCACUUUAAAAACAAAUGCAAAAUCUUUCCUGUCACAGUAUCGAUAUUAUACACCUGCCAAACGAAAAAAGGAGUUUACAGAUCGCCAGAUAGAAGCUGAAACCCAGACUGAAUUAAGCAGCUUUAGUUCUUCUGAUUUGGGGACAUCUGAGACAAAGAACUUGUCAGAAUUGGAAGUGAACACAAAGCAGGCAUCUCAUGGUACAACAUAUGAUUCUGAAGGAUAUAGCAUCAUGUGGGACGAGAUUAAAGAUGGCGCCCUGGAGCAUCCCUCUCAACGGACAGUCUAUCAGUAUUCUACGCCGCUUCCUCCAAAGAACAAACAGUACUCUGAUGAAGAAGAGCUUUUGUAUCUGAAUUUCAUCGAAGAUGUAACAGAAGAAAUUUUGAGACUUGGUCUGUUUUCCAACAGGUUUUUAGAACGACUAUUUGAGCGACACAUAGAAGAAAAUAAAUACCAUUUGGAAGAGGGGAAAAUGCGCUGCCUGCUGCAGGGCCUGAAGAUGGACUUGGGCUGCCCAUGUGAGGAAAGUUCAGGCAAGCUAAAUGAUGUCAACAUACUGAAUGUGCUUGACCUUUCAAAGGCUAUGAAUUCAAAACAAAAUGCAUUUAAAAACGAAACUGACAUAGCACUUCAGCAGGAAUAUCGACAGUACCAAAAGGCUUUGGAUAUGUUACUGUCUGCACCCAAGGACCAGAAUGAGAUGUUCUCCUCAACCAGUGAAUUUUUCUUGCCCCUCUGUAAGCCAAACUAUUCAGAAAAGGUCACAGUUGAACAGGUAAGUGAAAAAAACAAUCUUGGACUAGCAACUUGGGGUGAAAACCAUCCAGGAAUCUCAGAGCCUUCAACAGACCACGAAACCUCUGUGGAUGUCAUUGAAGUUGACAGUGACACUGAAAAGGCUGAGACUUCCAGUGACUUAUACUCUCUUAACACAUCACUGUUGCUGUCUGGUCAGGCCUCUGGCAUGAAAGGCGAUAAUAAUCAUGGCAAGGAAUUACCAACUCUUCAAAUCAUGGGAAUGAGCAUUGACGAUUGCGCUUUGGAAGUUUGAUCAUCAAUAAAUACCCCACGUGGCCAGUAACUCAAUAUAUUUUCUUUGUUUGUCUUCUAUGUUAACAUUUGUAUGUAGUUUUCAAUGCUGAUUAAUAAAAGGCUAUAAAUUUA